UAACUCCAAGAAACGACCCAGGGAGAAGAGAGAGAAGUAAGAGACAGAGUGAGCGGAAGAAAGAGUGAGUAAAAACACUACUCACUCUUGAGUUUUUUGUAAUCAAUGACCAUCAUAUUUAGGGUAAAAACGCUUGUAAGCAAUUUUUGUACACACUUCCAAUUUUCUGCAGAAAUCAAAGAAGUUUUCUGCAGAAGAUUCCAAUUUUUGUGCACACUACGUUUUUAUCCGGUCUUAAGCCGUGGAGUGAAACAUUAAAACUUACGAGCAAUCUAGACGUUCGCGUUUGACAGCCUACUUAGCUAUCUAAAACGACUCGUAAGCAAAUUAUUGCCAUGUAAGCAGCACAAGUUAUUGCACCGCUUUGCGGGCUCUAUCUAUAUAUUACACCUUCAUCCAAAGUUCAGCUGCCCCUCGAUAGAUUUCCUGCCCAUCAGAAUUCUUUCUUCAAUAGUAGAGUACCGACCGAUUUUAUACCAUUUAUAUCUAUAUAUAUAUAUAUAUAUAUAUAUAUCUCAAAUAUCUGCAACAAAUGGAUCCCCAAACCGAGCAUCUUCACUUCCUCCUAAUUCCUUUGAUGUCUCAGAGCCAUAUUAUUCCCUUGUCAGAUCUCGCUAAAUUACUAGCAAGGCAAGGCCCCAUGGUCUCGAUGAUUAGCACCCCCAAGAACGCUAACAGGUUUAAAGCUCUCAUCGACUAUGCCGCAAGGGAAAACCUCAAGAUCCAGUUGAUCACAAUACCAUUCCCAGGUCAACAAGUCGGAUUGCCAGAAGGAUGUGAAAACCUGGAUGCACUUCCUUCUACAGACUUGAUAAGGAGCUUUGUGGAUGCAUAUAGUUUGAUGCAAGAACCAAUAGAAAACGUUGCCAAGAAACAGUUAGAACCGAGGCCAAGUUGCAUCAUUUCCACCAAUGCUCUUGUAUGGACUCAAAACCUCGCCCACAGGUUAGGAAUCCCAAGGUACGUCUUCCAAACCGUAGCUCCCUUCACUCUCGUCUGUGCCGGCAGAAUAGGCAGGUUCCUCGAGAGUCACGACUCUUCGGAUUUAGACGCAUUUUGGGUACCGAAUUUGCCGCACAAAAUCCAAUUCAGAAAAUCCCAGUUGCCUUUUCCGGAGAGCAGGAAAGAGUCGGGUGAUGUAAGGAAAGAAACUCAGGUUUCAGACAGAGGGAGUCUGGUGAAUAGUUUUGAGGAGUUGGACCAGUGGUAUGUGGAGGAACAGAAGAGAGUUCACAAGAACUUCUGGGACGUCGGACCCGUUUCUUUGAUCAACAGUACAGGGUCAGCGACAGCAAAGAGUGACCACUACAGUUUAAAAUGGCUGGACUCGAUGAAGCCCAGCUCUGUUAUUUAUGCGUGUUUCGGCAGCAUGUGUCAUCUGUCGUUCGGGCAGCUGAGAGAGAUUGGUCUGGGGUUGGAAGCCUCAGGCCGCCCGUUCAUAUGGGUGAUCAGAGAAAUUGAUUAUUCGCCACAAGUGGAAAAAUGGUUAAAAGAUGAGAAGUUUGAGGAGAGGGUUAAAGGGGUCGUUGUCAGAGGAUGGGCACCGCAGGUUCCGAUAUUAUCCCAUUCGUCAGUGGGAGGAUUCUUGACCCAUUGCGGGUGGAAUUCUACACUGGAAGGAAUCUGCGCAGGGGUGCCAAUGCUAUGUUGGCCAAUGUUCGCGGAGCAAUUCUUCAAUGAGACAUUUGUUGUGGAUGUCGUCAAGAUCGGCGUGAGGAUCGGAGUCGAGACGCACAUGAGGGUUGGCGAGGAAGAGAAGACCGUUGACAGAGAACAAAUUAAAGCAGCAAUCGAUCAGCUGAUGGAUGAAGGAGAAGAGGGGGAAGAAAGAAGAGAAACAGCGAGAAAGCUGAGUGAGAUGGCAAGGAAUGCUACACAAGAAGGGGGCUCUUCUUACAGGAAUAUCACAUUGUUCAUUCAAGACGUACUCCAGCUCCAGCAACAGGAAGCUGCAGAAGACGAGAAAGUGAAUGAAGACAGAGACUCAGAAAUCACAGACAAACGAGUGAUGUAGACGUAGCCAUUUAGGAGGGCAGGACCCUUUCCUUCCUUCUCAUCUAUAGUUUGUUUUGUACUCCUCUAUAUAUGCAUGUAUUCGUCCCGCGUGAAUGGUCCAGCGGUAGCCUCCUCCUACAGGAAUCGAGUCGGUCCCGAGUUCGAGCCUCAACUCUGCUGGAUUCCUUCGCGCACUUAACGUGCUAGGAUCGGGUUGGGGCGCUGAAUCCGGGCCGCAGGGAAUUAAUCGGGUCUGUAAGGAUUGACCCGGACACCCCUGUGUCGACAAAAUAUAUGUAUAUAUAUA